AUGACAGUAACAGAUCAUGCAGAGACGGAGGGCUCUGCUGUCAAUGUCGUCGACUUUGGCCCAUUCUUCAAUGGCUCAGAUAAACAUGGGGUAGCUGAAGCGCUCGUGAAAUCAUUCACAUCCACAGGUUUCGUCUACCUGACGAACCACCCGAUGUCUCAAGAGAAAGUUAAUACUAUGUUCGAAAUGGCAAAGCGAUUCUUCUCUCUGCCGGAGGAGAUCAAGUUACUAGCUCCCCAUCCAAAAUCGGGGGCUCAUCACAGAGGAUACUCCCCUGUCGCAAUGGAGAAGGUAUCUCAACAUAUUUACGACGAAACAGCACUCGAAGCGCAUCGCGCCAAGGCCCCCGACAUGAAAGAGAGUUUCGAAUCUGGGCGCGAGAAUGACGAGGUUAUGCCGAACAUAUGGCUUCCAGAGGGUGUUCUCCCCGGUUUCAAAGAGGCCUGCCUCGAGUUCUUUUGGGACUGUUACGAGCUCCAAAAAUCUGUCCUCAAAGCAAUCGCUCUAGGACUUUCUCUUCCAGAGGACUACUUCUUGUCUUUCCACACUGCCCCUGACAAUCAGCUGCGGUUGCUCCAUUACCCCAGCAUCGAGGCCAAGGACAUACAGAAUGAUGUGGCAACGCGCAUUGGAGCACAUUCAGAUUUUGGAACCCUGACAUUCUUGUUCCAAGAUUCAGUGGGCGGCCUGGAAGUCGAAGAUCCAAAGAAUCGUGAUCGCUUCAAUCCCGUUCCACCUGUUGUUGGAUCGGUCGUUGUGAAUGCUGGAGACUUCAUGAUGCGUUGGUCCAAUGACACAAUCAGGAGUACAAUUCAUCGUGUGCGUGCGCCCCAAACCAUAAAUUCAGACGGUAUAAUUCCAGACCGUUAUUCCAUACCUUACUUCUGUUGCGCUGAUCUUUCGACUGUUGUUGACUGCUUUCCUGGAACAUGGUCGGACGAACGGCCAAAGCGCUAUGAACCUAUUUCAGUUUGUCCUUUUUCUAAUGGGGUCGUCCAGGGUUUAAUUUGA